AUGCUCACUCGCAGUCCCAUUCUCACCACCAUUCGAACACGCACACGAGCACGCACUCGCAGCAUCAGCACCAACACCACGGCACCAAAACCACCACCACCACGCCCACUCGAUUUCGAUUUCGAUUUCGAACACACAUUCGGGCUACCAGACCCAACACCAGCACCAACACCAACUCCCCCACCAACACCCCCACUCACACCCACACCCGCUCUCGCCCACCGCCUCCGCCCUCCUCGCCGACUCCGACGGCGACGAGCCGCCCGUCCCGCCGGGCCUGCUCAGCAAGACGCACCGCUGGAGCCUCGGAUUGCUCCCCACAUCCACGCCCCACGGCGCAUCCACACCCCAACGCGCAUCCACUCCACAGCGCAGAGGGGGCGGGCAGCGGGAGGGGGAGGGGAUACGCGACGGGGUGGUAAAACUGCGCACACCAACAACGACGAUGACACCAACACCAACAAUGACGCCAACAUCAACGAUGGCGGUGAGGAUGACGAUAGCGGAGCGGCGGAGUACUCCGACGUGAGCCCGGGGAGCUGCACGUCCAGCGCGUCGAGCGCGUCCACAUUGUCCAGCGCGUCCACAGCGUCCACGGGGUGCAGCGCUGCCCACGUCCUCCAUAUUAAUAUCAGCGACUCCGAUACGUUCCAGGGCAGCGAUUCCGAACCCGGGAAGCCUAGCAAGCUCGGUGUGGAGGAGGAGGAGGAUGAGGAGGAUGAGGGGGAGGAUGGUGAGGAGGAGGGGGAGGAGGAGGAGGAGGAGGAGGAGGUGGUGAUGUAG